AUGACCGCGCGACCCCGCUCGAUCGGGGACGCGCCCGGCCCUGCCAGCCGGCCAGAAAGACCGCGAUCUCCUCCAGCCGGCCGAGCUGAUCCCGGCGGUUUGGUCAAUGCCCUGCCGCGAGAGCGGCGUCGCGGGCCUGCGCAUCGGGCGUGGUCAGCGCCGCCAGCGCGGUCUCAAAGGCGGCGAUGGUCGGAAAAGCGCUCAUUCGACGACGAAGCCUUCUGGCGGCGUGCGAGUCAAGAAAUGGCCUUUCACCCCUUGCGGCCAUUGCUUUCAGGGCACCGCCCCAGUCGCUGGCGGCAUAGGCCCGGGCAUAGUCCAGAUCGCGCGGGCGGCAUCGUCAUCGGGCGCGAACUUGCCCAUCACGUAACCGACUGCCCGGGCAGCGCAGAUGGACGUGCAGAAGGACUGGCAGGCAAAGAGACAGGGCAUCUCCUCCACCGCGACAUCGGCAGACAGGCAGGGUCGGACGCCCGACGCGGCGCAAAGCCUCGACCAACAGCGCGCCGCCACGCUUGCCCUCUUCGUUCUCGCGGACCUCGUCCGACAGGCGACAGGUGCUGCAGGCGACCACGGCGGGGCCGGGGGCGGCGGGUUUCAGCACGGGUAAGGCUCAGUCAUCGACAUAUCUCCACGGGCGACGCCCCUGGCGGACCGGGCGCGCCGGCGCUGUCGUCGCGCUGA